AUGUUUGUUUUGUGGUUGGUGUCUCAGGAGAGUUCCCAGGAAGGUCAAGGACACUAUACACAACUGUUGGUGUCUCAGGAGAGUUCCCAGGAAGGUCAAGGACACUAUACACAACUGUUGGUGUCUCAGGAGAGUUCCCAGGAAGGUCAAGGACACUAUACACAAAUGUUGGUGUCUCAGGGGAGUUCCCAGGAAGGUCAAGGACGCUAUACACAAAAGUUAGCGUCUCAGGAGAGUUCCCAGGAAGGUCAAGGACGCUAUACACAAAAGUUAGCGUCUCAGGAGAGUUCCCAGGAAGGUCAAGGACGCUAUACACAAAAGUUAGCGUCUCAGGAGAGUUCCCAGGAAGGUCAAGGACGCUAUACACAAAGGUUAGCGUCUCAGGAGAGUUCCCAGGAAGGUCAAGGACGCUAUACACAAAAGUUAGCGUCUCAGGAGAGUUCCCAGGAAGGUCAAGGACGCUAUACACAAAGGUUAGCGUCUCAGGAGAGUUCCCAGGAAGGUCAAGGACGCUAUACACAAAAGUUAGCGUCUCAGGAGAGUUCCCAGGAAGUUCCCAGGAAGGUCAAGGACGCUAUACACAAAGCGUCUCAGGAGAGUUCCCAGGAAGGUCAAGGACGCUAUACACAAAAGUUAGCGUCUCAGGAGAGUUCCCAGGAAGGUCAAGGACGCUAUACACAAAAGUUAGCGUCUCAGGAGAGUUCCCAGGAAGGUCAAGGACGCUAUACACAAAAGUUAGCGUCUCAGGAGAGUUCCCAGGAAGGUCAAGGACGCUAUACACAAAAGUUAGCGUCUCAGGAGAGUUCCCAGGAAGGUCGCUAUACACAAAGGUUGGUGUCUCAGGAGAGUUCCCAGGAAGGUCAAGGACGCUAUACACAAAGGUUGGUGUCUCAGGAGAGUUCCCAGGAAGGUCAAGGACGCUAUACACAAAGGUUAGCGUCUCAGGAGAGUUCCCAGGAAGGUCAAGGACGCUAUACACAAAGGUUAGCGUCUCAGGAGAGUUCCCAGGAAGGUCAAGGACGCUAUACACAAAGGUUGGUGUCUCAGGAGAGUUCCCAGGAAGGUCAAGGACGCUAUACACAAAGGUUGGUGUCUCAGGAGAGUUUCCAGGAAGGUCAAGGACGCUAUACACAAAGGUUGGUGUCUCAGGAGAGUUCCCAGGAAGGACAAGGACGCUAUACACAAAAGUUAGCGUCUCAGGAGAGUUCCCAGGAAGGUCAAGGACGCUAUACACAAAGGUUAGCGUCUCAGGAGAGUUCCCAGGAAGGUCAAGGACGCUAUACACAAAGGUUAGCGUCUCAGGAGAGUUCCCAGGAAGGUCAAGGACGCUAUACACAAAAGUUAGCGUCUCAGGAGAGUUCCCAGGAAGGUCAAGGACGCUAUACACAAAACAUUAUUUAUAGACCUUCCACGACACCUGAACAUCACACUCCGUUUCACCCUCACUUUCCAGAUUUUCCAAGCUCUCAGCUACCAGAGCUCUCAGUUACCAGAGCUCACAGCUACCAGAGCUCUCAGCUACCAGAGCUCACAGCCACCAGAGCUCCCAGCCACCAGAGCUCACAGCUACCAGAGCUCACAGCUACCAGAGCUCCCAGCUACCAGAGCUCCCAGCUACCAGAGCUCCCAGCCACCAGAGCUCCCAGCUACCAGAGCUCCCAGCCACCAGAGCUCCCAGCUACCAGAGCUCCCAGCCACCAGAGCUCCCAGCUACCAGAGCUCCCAGCUACCAGAGCUCACACCCACCAGAGCUCCCAGCCACCAGAGCUCUCAGCCACCAGAGCUCACAGCUACCAGAGCUCCCAGCUACCAGAGCUCACACCCACCAGAGCUCCCAGCCACCAGAGCUCACAGCCACCAGAGCUCCCAGCUACCAGAGCUCCCAGCUACCAGAGCUCAAAGACACACCAGAGCUUAGAUAUACCAGAUGCUCAUCGACACACGAAGCCUCAAACACCAGAGCUCACCAACCAACCAGUGCUCACAGAAACACCAGAGCUCACCAACCAACCAGUGCUCACAGAAACACCAGAGCCCACCAACCAACCAGUGCUCACAGAAACACCAGAGCUCACCAACCAACCAGUGCUCACAGAAACACCAGAGCCCACCAACCAACCAGUGCUCACAGAAACACCAGAGCUCACCAACCAACCAGUGCUCACAGAAACACCAGAGCUCACCAACCAACCAGUGCUCACAGAAACACCAGAGCUCACCAACCAACCAGUGCUCACGGAAACACCAGAGCUCACCAACCAACCAGUGCUCACAGAAACACCAGAGCUCACCAACCAACCAGUGCUCACAGAAACACCAGAGCUCACCAACCAACCAGUGCUCACAGAAACACCAGAGCUCGCCAACCAACCAGUGCUCACAGAAACAUCAGAGCUCACCAACCAACCAGUGCUCACAGAAACACCAGAGCUCACCAACCAACCAGUGCUCAAAGAAACACCAGAGCUCACCAACCAACCAGUGCUCACAGAAACACCAGAGCUCACCAACCAACCAGUGCUCACAGAAACACCAGAGCUCACCAACCAUCCAGUGCUCACAGAAACACCAGAGCUCACCAACCAACCAGUGCUCACAGAAACACCAGAGCUCACCAACCAACCAGUGCUCACAGAAACACCAGAGCUCACCAACCAACCAGUGCUCACAGAAACACCAGAGCUCACCAACCAACCAGUGCUCACAGAAACACCAGAGCUCACCAACCAACCAGUGCUCACAGAAACACCAGAGCUCACCAACCAACCAGUGCUCACAGAAACACCAGAGCUCACCAACCAACCAGUGCUCACAGAAACACCAGAGCUCACCAACCAACCAGUGCUCACAGAAACACCAGAGCUCACCAACCAACCAGUGCUCACAGAAACACCAGAGCUCACCAACCAACCAGUGCUCACAGAAACACCAGAGCUCACCAACCAACCAGUGCUCACAGAAACACCAGAGCUCACCAACCAACCAGUGCUCACAGAAACACCAGAGCUCACCAACCAACCAGUGCUCACAGAAACACCAGAGCUCACCAACCAACCAGUGCUCACAGAAACACCAGAGCUCACCAACCAACCAGUGCUCACAGAAACACCAGAGCUCACCAACCAACCAGUGCUCACAGAAACACCAGAGCUCACCAACCAACCAGUGCUCACAGAAACACCAGAGCUCACCAACCAACCAGUGCUCACAGAAACACCAGAGCUCACCAACCAACCAGUGCUCACAGAAACACCAGAGCUCACCAACCAACCAGUGCUCACAGAAACAACAGAGCUCACACAUGCACAAGGGCUUACACACCCUUCAGAGCUCACAGUGUUUGAGUGUGUGUGUUUUUUCUCCAGACAGAGUACGUGUUACCGUUUGAAUAACUAA